AUGCACGAACAAGAAAGUUUAUACGCGCAACACGCUUAUGGAAAAAUAUCCAAAGUUCGUUUUUCUACCUCUCCAGGAACCUUCGGUGACAGGAAUACAUUAUUUGCUACAGGAACCUGGGAUGAACAAAAUAAUAAUACGUUAAAGAUAUGGAGUUUAGAAGAAGCAUCGAUUAGUUUAGAAAAUUCCGCUCCUUUCAAUAAUAAAAUUGUUGCAAAAACUAAUCAUAAAGGAGACGUGACUGCUAUGCAAUUUAUUGGUGACAUUUUGUUCACGUCUUCUUCAGGAGGCGAUUUCAACGCGUUUAAAUGCAUACAAUCUGAACGCGAAGUAGAAACAGAUUUGGAUUUUGCUAUAGAACCUCAAAUACGCUAUAACUACACGUUGGAGACAAUCAUGACUCAUCAAUUGCAUAGUUUUUCGGAAGGCAGAAGUGCAUCUGCUACUGGUAUUGCAAUUAGACCCAACAGUGAAAACGAUCCUGAAAUUGUUAGUGUUGGGGAAGAUGGUCGUCUUAUACUUUUUAAGCUUGACGAGCACAACCAGUUCCAAAUCGUAGAUGCAGCUGAUACCUCUGGUUUCAAGGCUGUCGCAUGGCCAUCAUCAGAUCAAAUAAUUACAAUUGGUAUAUCUGGACAGUUAAGGCUUUUUGAUCGACGAGGACCCAGAAAACCUAUGGUAUUUUAUGACCCCGAUCGUCCAAGGGAUUCCCUAAAUUGUUUAGCAGUUAACCCUUCCCAGGUGAGUCAAAUUGCCACUGGCAGCUCUGAAGGCCUUGUAACAACUUGGGAUAUUCGAAAUUGCUCUGGGCCUUUAAAACAAGUUCAUCCACAUGAAACACAUGUAUAUGAGUUAAUAUUUCAUCCGUAUCGCCCAGCGUUUCUUUUUAGCUGUUCGGAAGAUGGAACAAUAGGCGUCAUAAAUUUGAACGCAUCAUCUAUAGAAGGUUUUAGGGAUUACGGAAUGGCAAGAGAGAAUGUCAUGAUUCACAAAUAUAACUAUGACUAUAACGAUCUUGCCAUUAACUCUAUUGACUAUCAUCCUCUUUCUAAAUUGUUGAUUGGUGGGGGAGAUGGUCAAAACUUAUUUUCUAUGAAGUUUGACUAA